GUGUGACCGUGACAGCCAGCAUGGCGCUACACCAGGGUUCACUGGCUAUUCUGGAAAACAAUGUGGGGGUCAGUGAUGCUGUGCUGCUGGACCCCAUGACAGAGGAUGCCUUCAUUGAAAACCUCAGGCUUCGAUACCAGCACAACCAGAUCUAUACUUACAUAGGAACAGUGGUGGUUUCUGUCAACCCUUACAAGACAAUCCCUCUGUAUACACCAAGCAUCAUUGAGGAAUAUCGCUCCAGGAACAUCUAUGAACUCCCACCCCACAUAUAUGCCAUCACAGAUGAGGCGUAUAGAUCCAUGCGAGACCGACAUUUAGAUCAGUGUAUUAUCAUCUCCGGGGAAAGUGGCGCUGGCAAGACAGAGGCCAGUAAAGUAAUAAUGCAGUAUGUAGCUGAAGUAUCAGGGAAAGGAGAAAAUAUUGACACAGUCAAAGAACAACUGCUGCAAUCCAACCCCGUACUCGAAGCAUUUGGGAAUGCAAAGACUAACAAGAAUGACAACUCUUCCAGAUUUGGAAAAUACAUGGAUAUAGAGUUUGAUUACAAGGGGGAUCCUAUUGGAGGAGUUAUAACAAACUAUUUAUUAGAGAAGUCCCGAGUAGCAGUUCAGAUGCCUGGAGAAAGGAACUUCCACAUAUUUUAUCAGCUGCUACAGGGAGCAAAACUAAACACACUUGAGUCUCUAAAAUUAACACGGGAGAUAGAUGAUUACAAUAUAUUGAAAGGGACUGUUGAUGCUGAUGUUGCUACUAUGAAUGAUCAGAAGAAUUUUGACACUGUAAUGCAUGGUAUGGAAGUGAUAGGGUUUUCAUCUGAGGAAGUGACAUCAUUGUUCCAACUGAUUGCCAGCAUCCUUAAGUUAGGAAACGUGGAGUUCUCUCACAGAAGUAAUGAGGAUGGUACAGACGGAUGUGAUCUAAGUAACAUGGCAGCACUGGAUGAUGCAGCAGCCUUACUGGGCUGUCCAUCAGCUGAUCUAAGUGUGGCCUUGACCCAGAGGAAAGUAGAGGUCAGGGGUGAAAAGGUGAAAAGAGAUCUGAGUGCAAAUGAUGGAAUGUAUGCGAGAGAUGCUCUGUGUAAAGCUAUCUACAGCCGCAUGUUUUCCUGGCUGGUAGCUCGUAUCAAUGAUAGCAUCAAGGUGACCUCUGGAAUUAGGACAGAGGUCAUGGGUGUCCUUGACAUUUAUGGAUUUGAAGUGUUUGAAGAAAACAGCUUUGAACAGUUUAUCAUCAAUUAUUGCAAUGAGAAGCUCCAACAGAUAUUUAUAGAGCUGACCCUGAAAGAAGAACAGGAGGAAUAUAUAAAGGAGGGAAUUGAAUGGAUUCAUAUAGAGUACUUCAACAAUGCAGUCAUCUGUGACUUGGUUGAGAAGUCUAAUGUUGGGAUCCUGGCCCUUCUGGAUGAGGAGUGUAUGCGACCGGGAAACCCCACCGACUUUACAUUCCUAGAGAAGUUAAACCAAGCCUGUAAUAAUCACCCUCACUACGAAAGUAAAGCACUGAAGAAGUGUCAGAACGACAAAACACUGACCCAUGGCACAUUCCGACUCAAACAUUAUGCAGGCAAUGUGACAUACAAAGUGGAUGGCUUUCUGGAUAAGAAUAAUGACCUACUAUUCCGACAUCUGUCUCAGGCUAUGUACCAGUGUAAACACUGCCUCAUGAAAGGUCUUUUUCCAGAGGGAAAUCCAUCUCAGAAGUCCUUGAAAAGGCCAGCAACAGCGGGCUCACAAUUUAAGAUAUCUGUGACAGAACUCAUGAAGAAUUUGUCAUCAAAGAAUCCGAACUACAUUAGGUGCAUUAAACCGAACAAUUCAAAAGCAGCCAACAACUUUGAUGAGGGUUUGGUUAGACAUCAAGUGAGAUAUUUGGGUCUGAUGGAGAAUGUUCGAGUGAAGCGAGCUGGCUAUGCCUUCAGACAGAUCUAUCUUCAGUUUUUGUAUCGUUACAAAAUGUUGGCAGGUCCUACCUGGCCAAGGUGGGCUGGGAAACCCCAGGAAGGGGUCAGAAUUCUUCUAGAAGCUCAGGGGGUUCCAGAGGAUGAAUAUGCAUUUGGCAAAACAAAAUUAUUUAUUAGGAAUCCCAAAACAUUGUUUGACAUGGAGGAGAAACGCAGGCAGCACAUGCAUGUUUUGGCGACAAAGAUUCAGUGUGUCUUCAAGGGCUGGAAACAGAGAACUCUGUAUCUACUGAUGAAGAGAAGCCAGGUCAUCAUCAGUGCUCGCUUCAGAGGAUACUGGGGACAGAAAAUGUACAAAAGAACGAAACAAGCUACCCUUGUGUUGCAAUGUUUUGCCAGAGGUUGGAAGGCAAGAGCUUUACUCAGGAAAUUGAAACGAGAGAAGCUUGAGAUAGAAUCGGCUAAUGUGAUCAGGAAAUUCUACUUGGGUUACAAAGCAAGAGCUUUGCUCAGGAAGUUGAAACGGGAGAAGCUUGAGAUUGAAUCAGCUAUUGUGAUCAGGAAAUACUACAUGGGAUAUAGAGUAAGAAAGGAAUACCAGCCAAGGUUCCGUCGGAUUGCUGGUCCAAAGAUUGCCAGAUUCUUUGUUAUAGCCCUGCAAAAGAAAUUCCUUCUUGAUUUGAAAGGCAAGCUGCCAAGUUUAUCUCCUAUUGACAAAGAGUGGCCAGACUGUCCAAAAAGAUUUAAGGCAGCAUCAGAUCAGCUUAGAGAAAUGUACCAUGCCUGGAGAUGUCGAAAGUACAGAAGAAAAUUCAAUGAGGCAGAGAAAUAUAAAAUGAAGGAGAAAUUGAUGGCCAGCGAACUUUUCAAGGACAAAAAGGAGGGUUAUUCAAAAACUGUGCCCAAACCUUUCAAGGGAGAUUAUCAGAAUAUCCUGGCAAAUGAAAAAUGGAAGAAGUUACAACGACAAAACCCUGAAGACAAUCAUAUUGUGUUUGCAGAUGUAGUGCAAAAAGUUCAUCGAGCUAAUGGAAAAUCAGUGGAACGGCUGUUAGUGAUAAGUUCUCAGAACUUGAUUUUGAUUGAGCACCAUAGUAUGAUGAUGAAGUAUCGGAUCCCAAUCACCGACAUCUCCGCCAUGUCCGUCAGUCCGCACCCUGACAAUACCAUUGUGUUCCAUAUACAGAGGCAUGAAAAUGGAGACGGAUUGUCCAAGAAAGGUGACUUUGUAUUUUUAUGUGAGCAUACUAUUGAACUUGUGUCCAAAGUCUGCCUGCUCAUCAAAAAUCUGACAGAGAAAUUACCCGAGCUUCAUAUAGCUCCCUUGUUGAAAGCCCGGUUUGGAAAAUCAGAAGUGCAAUUGUCAUUUAAAAAUGGACUUACAGAGAGUGUUCCAGGGGGUGUAAAAAUUGUUCGCAAGAAACACACAAUGGAUAUUUUGUACAACUCGCCAACUCAAAAAACAAGUUCAGGAUCAUGAUGGGGUUUCAGAAAUUUCCGCUGAUCCAUUACAAGUUCUGCUCCCUUCAAAGACUUGUAGAAAAGACCACUUCCACUAAAGCCAUGCUUCAAACAACAUCAUCAGAGAGAAAACUCAGUAGUGUAAUGAUUUAUAACCAAAGAAUGAGGGCUGUGAGAGGUGGAAAUAGUGGGAAUUUUAUUGUACAUCUAUUUUUAUUAUAUGUACAUGUAUGUAGGAGUUAGUAUUUGUUGUCAUUU